AUGUCGGUCCACGCGGGAGAGUACUGGCCCGACCGCGGCCUCUCGCAGCAGUAUUUCAGUCUCGGAGAUUUUAACUACAACCCAGGAAGUGAUCCCGGCGCGCUGCUGUCCCCGGGGCCCGAGGCGGCGGCGCCCGCCCUCGCGCCCCCGGCGGGCGUGCCGCCCCACCCGACCCGCGACCUCCUGCCGCCGUGCGUGGACGGCGGCAGCGACGGCUACCACAGCUCGACGCCCGACGACCUCGCCUCCGAGUGCUCGCCGGGCGCGGAGCUGCAGGCGGCCGGGGCGGCGGGCGAGCGGAGCGCCAAGGACCUGGUGUCGGAGGCCUACCCGAACCUGGAGUACUACCAGGCCGCCUACCCCGCCACCACGGACCUGAGCGCCCUCACGCCCUCCUACUCGUACGCCGCCGCCAGCAGCGCGCCCGCCGCCGGCUGGGGCGCCCCGCAGUUCAGCCCGGGCGAGGUCGACGGCCACCACCAGGAGCACUUCAUCCCGCCGGAGACGCCGCCGUCGCUCGUCACGCACUACAAGCCCCUGAGAAUCCGCCGGCGGCCGCCCAAGGUGGUCGGCAACGAGGUCCUGCGCAAGCGGCGGCUGGCGGCCAACGCGCGCGAGCGGCGCCGCAUGAACGGCCUUAACGACGCCUUCGAGAAGCUUCGCGAGGUGGUGCCCGCCCUCGGCAACGACAGGAAGCUGUCCAAGUUCGAGACGCUGCAGAUGGCGCAGACGUACAUCACCGCCCUGGCAGAGCUGAUCCGAAGGGCGGACGCCGAGGUCGCCACGUCGUCCGCAUGACGCAAAGGUAGGGCCAGACCCGUGGGAAAUACACCGCCACGUUCGCCCCUUGCUAAGGCGCCACAACCCUCUGGACGCGAACCCGCCACCAUUUCAAUCUAAAAUCAUCAUCACCCUAUAAAAAAAAAAUUAAAAACUUCCUACUUUGCAUAAUUUUCUUUUUCUCAAUUCAAAAUUAUCACCAUUAAGAAAUCAAAAACAAUGCACCCAGAGGGGAAAAAAAACAACAUGGCUUCAGAGUGUAAGUGUAUUUUCCUCAGGUUUUCCCUAAGCCUUUUCCCACCGUUGCUUCACACUCGACAAUCGUCCUUGGAAUGAUCUUAUUGUUAUAGAUAUGACUCCAAGAUAUAAACCAGUAUUACCAUUGUUGCAACAUGAACUCGUUUGCAAACUAAAAAGAAAAAGAAGAAAAAAAAAACAGAUGAUUUAUAUGUAAAAAAAUUAUUUUCUGCCCUGUUGUUUGUAUAUAUUUGUUUAAUUAGACAUAUUAACUAGAUUAAUUUAUUCAAACUGUAAAGAUUGUUAUUAUUGAUUAUUGUACAGUGAAGAUUAAGUAAUAUAUAGCUAUGUGCUUUUGUGAUAUGAGGCUGAAGAUGUUUCAGUUUAAAACAGAUUUUGUAUAUAUAUUUAGAAAUAAAAACUGGAAUGUUUUACUUUAUAACAGACUUGGCCAGGCCUUUGUCUAUGUAAAUUUUUUUAACAAUACAUCAUAUAAAAUAUA